GAGAGAAGACGACGAAGGGUGUAAUAUGCAAUUGAACAGUUAUUACUGCAUAUGCGGUGAAUUUAUUUUGGUUAUAGAUAAGCCGCUGAGCUAUCUACCACGGCGUAGAACAGACGAUAGCUACAUAAUAACGCACACGGCUGGUACAGAAUCAACAAAGCGUAACUUCAAAUUAAAUGGUAUCUCUCAAACGCCCUGUAUGUUACAAAGGGAUGAUGGUAUGUGCGAACGUCAGCACAGACUGAGCUGCCCACGAUGUACUAUCGUCGUCGCAUACACUCACAGUGCACCACUCUUCCUUUCUAAGCAAGAUAUAAGGCUGGGUACAAAAGAAGCUGAAUAUGUUUAUAUACUCAAAGGUGCACUCUCAGAUAUACAAGGAAGUAUACCAAAUGACGCUUUGGAAGAAUUUUCAGGGAUAAAAGUCAAGAAGGAAGAUAUCUAAACGGUAUUUCGUGUAAAUCUAUAAAGAUAUGUAUAUAAUAAAUAAUAUUUU